AUGUACACCGAGCGCGGAGUUGCUGCGACCGACGGCCUGCUGCAAAUCAUCCGGCAGGGCGUGCAGCAGCACUCUGAUUUGCCGACAGAUUCCGUCACAGUUGCUGCCGCUCUUACGAAGACUGGCCUACUCACAAAGGAGAAAGAAAAUACAAUGCAAGGAGGUUCAUAUCUGCAAGGGCGACGUCAACAGCCAACCAUAACGGAAAAUUGA